UUAGCUCGCUUUCAGGUCUCAAGAUGAACACGAUGCUUUGCUUAUGCUUCUUAAUGUUUUUUUGGCGCGUUGGCGCCGAUUGCCAACUUGGCGCUGAGAAUAUCGCGAAAACAAAUCGAUUAUUUGCUGUUCUCACCAAUUCACAGCUCAAUCUAUAUCGCUUAGAUGUGGUGCCCACCGGCCAAAAACUGCAAAUGAUAUGCAGUGCAAGUAAUGUGGUGGAGACCCGCUGUCAGCAGAAUAACGAAAUGUCGCCAAAGUUGCCUCUCACCGAUUGCAGCAACCCGCCGAAGGGAAUUGUGGAGGUGGUUCCUGAUGGGAUAUGUCCAUGUACCAUGCACCGAGUGGGUUAUAAACUGAGUGAUACGCAGUUUCUCGAGCUAUAUAGAAGCUGUUAUAAUGUGACAAGCCAAACAGCGCACUUUGUUAUACAUCUGGCAUACCCCAGCACAUUACCCGCACCACGCCCCAGCCAAUGCUUCACCAGCGAUCGUGUCAUUAGCGGCGCCGCAGCUGAUUUUUUCAAGGCUAAAAAAAUUCAUAAAACCUUUAAGGAGACACUCGGACCAAAUCAGAAGUUUGUUACCUCCGACAGCGACCUUGUCUUUGAUCGUGGUCAUCUGGCGCCUUCCUGCGACUUUGGUUUCGAGUCGUAUAUGCGAUUAAGUUUCAAGAAUGUGAAUGUGGUUGCUCAGUUUCGUGGCAUCAAUCGUAGCAAUUGGAAAACCCUGGAAACCUGGAUACGCAACCAGCUUAACAAUGGCAUUUUUCAAGUGCUGAAGAUAUGUACGGGAGGACUUGGUGUCCUAGAGCUGCCGCACAGCAUUACUGGGGAACUCAUGCCGAUUUAUUUGAACGCACCAAGCAGUAAUCCAGUACCCAAAUGGCUCUUUAAGACUGUCAACGAUGGAGCCGGUACUCGUUACGCUUUCCUAACCUACAAUAAUAUCCAUGACGCUACUAUACCAACUCCAAAUUGUCAGCAGGUUGCAUGUCCUGCUUUGCUGAAGUUUCAGUCAACCAAAGCGCCAGGUAACAGCUUUUGCUGCGAUCCCAUCGAUUUUCUUAAUAAAAAUUUACCACACUUAGCAAAUGUUUGCUAAGAGUUGA